CACAAAAGACGGUGACGUGUGCUGCUCACCUGGACAACAAACACGCACUGAAAGUUUACUUAAAGUUUACAUUUCAGUGUGUAAGGAGCCAUUGGAGGAGUAGUCUCGUUAGUUGGACAUCAAUCACGCGCUGAAAGUGUACCUGACGUGUCAACUCACAUUUAAGUGUGUAAAGAACCAUUGCAGGAGUAGUCUGGUUAUUUAAAUCGUCAUUACAACCAAACUGAGGUUUUAAAGUGUACCUCGAGGGAUAGUGAAGAAAAACAAUGGCAACGACAUCAGGUACUCAAGAGCCUCAGGAGACAGAAUGCUCAGUGUGCCAAGGAAACUUCGUCGUGCCCAAGAUUUUACAGUGCGGACAUAUCUUCUGCAGGGAUUGUAUUGUCUCUGUUAUAAACUCCAAGACACAGCCUGGUUGUCCUCUUUGCAGAAAUGCCAUCGUCGACCCAACAAAACAAGAGGCCGGAAUAAUUCCUGAAAGCUACGCCGACUCUCUGCCCACGGAUUUUGCCAUGGAUGCACUAGCUGCAAGUGUAGAGGCGCUGGCUCAGGAACCCGUAUGUUGCGUGUGUGAUGACGUCAGGGCCGACUCCAUAUGUUUGCAGUGUCGCGACAUGUUGUGUCCAGCCUGCACCAAGGGUCAUAAAAAGCUGUCGGCGACCCGCGGUCACGAUGUGGAGAGUCUCAGCACUGUCACAGCGAAACAGUUGGCCACCAGCCGCCCCACACCAUGUGCUGAUCACGUGGACCAACAGGCGGGUCUCUUCUGCACACAUCAUGGCGUCGCUAUUUGCGCCACCUGUGCUAUCGCCAAACACAGAGCAUGUCCAGAUGUGAAGGACCUUGCCAGUGAAGUGCAAUCAGCCGAAGAGGUGAUCAACGGUCUGGUAGACACGCUUAUCGCCGCGGAGACGAAGAUGGAGCAAAGUAUAGAUCAUCUGAACUUGUUUCUGAAGGAAUCGGACUCCUGUCAACAACUAUGUGACAGUCUGUUGGUGAUUUGUAGCAAACAAAAGGAAUUAUUAACAUCCCUUGAUUCGAAGGGAGUCCUAAAAUCGGUUUGUGACACCAAACAAAAAGUUCGCGAGCGCCUUGCGAGACUCAAAUCACACAAGCGUGUCGUGUCACGCACCAAAGCAGCAUGUCCGCGGUCUGCUCUCAUUUUCGCCAAGAAAUCUUUACAGGACAGAAUAAAGACUCUAGAUCUCUCUGUCACUCUGCCCACUGUGACCACAAUAUCUCUGAACACGUUUAUCAAACGGAUAAGAACAGAACUGAGACGAAGGGAACAGCAAAAGAAAUUGUCUGACGAAAACAAACCAACUUUCCACAAAAAUCGCGGCUCCAAUGUCCUGCUAAGAUUGAAUGAUACUUGUGUGGAUUGCCAAGAUUCUUCUGGAGGCGUUGUAGUGUCAUCCUGUGCUCUGGAGUCACAAGUGUAUUACACGGUAGUAAUAUCGGAAAUGAGAAGAGACUGGCAGCCUAAUGAUAUCAUGUUUUGUGGAGUGACAGGUACACAUCCAAACGAUCUGACCAUAAAGAGUUGUAUAUGGGACAUGGAGGAUGUGUUGACAGUGUGUCCUCAAACAGACAACGGUCCUAGCGAGAAUGUGCGAAAGUUAAAAUCGUACAGUUCAUGAUAGAUCCCACCAACAACCUUCACGUUUUCCUCGACCACAGAUACUUGGGUAUCGUUUUGAGAAAUGUUCCUCGACCCUGCUACCCCGUGUUUGACCUUUGCGUCAACGCAAAACGGAUACGGUCUACUUUCGUCACGAAAUUAUCAACUGGAUAAUUUAAAGACCAGAGAAGGGAGCAGCCGCACGUAGUUUAUCAUUUUCCUUCUUGCUUUAAAAUUACUGAAUUAUGAACGCUUCUUGUGGCUCCACCUGUGAUUACUAUUGUUACCAUUUCUAUCUAAACUAAUCAGCAGUUUUACACAAGUAUCUAACAUAUAAUGCUUUUUUGUUGAAAACUUAAAUGUAAUCUUUGAUCUCUUAAAAUCCUAGAUUUUGCAUUUAGAAAAUCAUUUAACAUUAAUUAUUGUUUAUGCUAGCGAAAUAUAAAAAAUAAAGGGUUUGCAUACAAGUGGAAGAGAUAAUGGAUACUACAUGACACUUCACGAUGUUCCAUAUGUGACAUCAUGCCCCACUGUCUGCAGAAGGAAGUGUACUUUGCUAGAUACUUUUGUUUUCUUCACUGUAUAAUGCGUGAUCCUGGUAUAACCAAAUAUAGUAAAUAGUUUAUUAACAUUAGUGAAUUUCAGUGUAGAAACGUCUAUGGCACUAGGCACUAAAAUGUAUUAAGGUUGUUGUAAGAACCAAAAUAUUUUUAAAUGACUGAGAAUACAAGAUAUUUUCCCCUAAACACGAGUGAAUAGCUGCCCACCCCUAUCUGUCUCCCCCUUUUACAAUUCACAGCAAGAAGUUGUAUCUGUAAGAUUGAGGGACCACGGACACACAUUAAUAAGAUAUGUCCCCAUCUCUCCCAAUGUUAUAACUUAUCGCUGUACAGUCUUGAUGUCUGUGUUUUUAUCUCAGUGUGCGGGCACUUGUAGACCUCUAUCUUUAUUUUCAUUUACAUUUGCAGAAAUGAUCAUUUGCAGUUGAUUGUGAGUGUAGUAAGUUUUAUCCACUCGUAAGGAAAACGCUUGCAUUGAAAACUGUAAAUAUUCUUGUAGAAUUAAUUAAUAUUUUGUGUAGUAGAUUGUAAUCAUAAGAAUAUUAUUUACGGUAACACAAACGAUGUUAUUCUUCCUUUGAUGUAUUUUGACUAUUUUGUGUUUAAUAAACUUUUCACUGUGAA